AUACACCUUUAGGUACCGAUUUAGUCAGUAAACAAUAUAGACCGAACACCACAAAAGCUGGGAUAUGAAAUCAUAUGGUAGCACUGCAAGCAAGGUCAGUUUCGGAAAUGGAAAAAUGGUUCGUGACAUUGAGCACAUCAAAGAAGAAUUGGGCGGGUUGGUGGAACUGGCACUGACAAAUAUGAAUUCGGAGCAUUUGGAGUUUUAUUAUUUUAGGUUACACGAUUUGAACAAAGAUGAGAUAUUGGACGGUAACGAGCUAUAUGCUGCUCUAUCAGAAGGCGCUGUGAACUUUGGUCUAAGCGAAGACAACCCAGCAGAAAAAGAAAAAUAUCUAAUAGAAGCAGUUGAUCAUCUUUUGGAAGAAACAGACGCCAAUGAUGACGGAUUGGUUACAUGGUUGGAGUAUUUAGCGAAAACUAGAGACUUUGUCGAUAUGUAGACAUUUGUUCUUGCA